AUGGCUGUUCCGGUUAAUCGGAUGGGUGACGCGGGUCCUUCAUCGUCCUCUGGUGUCUUUGGUGUUCGCUGGAGGAAAUGUCGGCGUUUGGCUUCCCUGUCUGUUCUCCCGGAGUAUGUUGAUCAUGGUGACUGCGUCAAGGUUUGUGAGUUAUGUGCUGCGUUUUUCUGGUACGCUGAGGGAUCUCUUCAGUUAUCUACAGCCGCACAUCCGAGGUAUACCCAUUGUUGUCGGGCUGGAAGUAUAGUACUUCCUUACCCUUCUAGGUUUCAUGCCGAAUUUCUUACCCUGUAUCGAAGUCGGAAUUUUUUAAAAGAUAUUAGCGCUUAUAAUAGUAUGUUUUCCAUGACUUCCUUUGGGGCAAAUGUGGAUGAGGAUGUGAAUGAUGGCCAUGGUCCUUAUGUUUGUAAAAUAUCUGGUCAGAUUAGUCACAAGAUUAGGUCCCUCUGUCCGGAUCCUACAAAGGGUCCCAGGUUUCUACAACUUUACCUGUUUGAUACUGAGAACGAAGUACAAAAUAGAUUGAGGGUUUUCGAUGGUCCUGGAAAGGGGUGUUUGGAUUCUAAAAUUGUCAACUUUCUGGUUGAGUUUUUGGGAGCUAAUAACGAAUAUGUACGGACUUUCAAGACUGCAAAACGGAUAGCUGAAGAAACAAAUCUACAUUCGUAUGCGGUGCGGCUGUUUAACUACGUUAAUGACUGUCGGUAUGAUUUGCCGUCGCCUGGGUCUUUGGGUUGUAUAGUAAGUGGCGAUGACACAACAUCCACGACGUAUGACAUCGUUAUCCAAUCGCAAUCGGGUAGGCCACAACGUAUCAGCAAGCUGCAUCCAACCUACAUGCCUUUACAAUACCCGCUACUGUUUCCAUAUGGUGAGGAAGGUUGGUCACCACGUUUGAAGAUUAGUAAUGGGAAAGGGGCAACGGCUAAAAAUCUCACUGUAAAUAUGUAUUAUGCCUAUCAUAUACAUGCCCGUCAACAAAUCUGGUCACCUAUUAUAAACUCAUCUCGCCUAUUCAAACAGUAUUUGGUUGAUACAUAUACGUGUAUAGAAGAAAGCCGUUUGGAUUACAUUGUAAAGCAUCAGUCAAAUCUUUGGUCUGAUUAUGUUAGCGGCCUCUACGACGCACUUUCGAAGGGAGAUAGGGAGGCAAGUGUAGUUGGGAAACGUGUUUUCUUGCCCGCUUACUGGCGGUCCCCGGUUUAUUGGCCAGAGAUCACCCGUUACAUAGAUGCACAUCAGCAAACAGAUCUCCACAACAGAGCAGAUAUCAUUGCAAGGGUGUUCAACAUUAAGGUUCAUGACUUUAUUCGGUUUCUUAAAGAGGACAAGACGUUUGGCAAGGUUGAAGCAUAUUUGUAUACUAUCGAGUUCCAAAAGAGGUGUCUUCCUCAUUGCCAUACCUUACUCUGGGUAAAAAGUUCAGACCGAAUAAAAAAUGCAAGUGAUGUUGAUGCGUACAUUACAGCCGAGUUGUCGAAUCCAGUUAAAGAACCAGAGUUGUUCGAGACGAUAACAACCUGCAUGAUCCAUGGCCAAUGUGGAACACUCCACCAAAAAGCUCCAUGUAUCAAAGACGAUAAAUGCAACAAACAUUUCCCGAAGCUCUUUCUUAAUGAUACAUAUUUCGACAAACAGGGAUACGUACGUUACAAACGUAUGUCAGCUGCAUACCAUACUACUCAAUAUGGACAGGUUAUCGACAAUGGAUAUGUCGUCCCCUACAACAAAAGACUUUGUUCACGGUUCCGUGCACAUAUCAACGUCGAGUACUGCGGCUGGAGUAUGAUGAUUAAGUAUCUUUUUAAAUACAUUUCCAAAGGAGCGGACCGUGUGAGAUACACUAUCCAAAAGGCGGAAUCUCUCACCGAAUCAUCUGAUGCAACAUUGACUGCUGGUCAUAACAGUAUGCAAACUGAAGACGUUCAUCCUAUAAACGAGGUCCAUAAUUUUUUGGAUGGAUGCUAUAUAUGCCCACACGAGGCGGCAUGA